UCGUGGAUGGUAGCCAAACUCGUUGGAAAGGUCUGUCAUCUGUGCACGCCGAAGCCAUGCGUCACAUUCAGCUAAGUAUCGAGUAGUAGAUGGCAAUGCGCCUCGGAAACGAAAGAAGUUUUACACUACGAAGGACGUUUUCUCAACAAAGACAAGAAGCUGUAUGAACUUAAGCUAUUUUAUGUGUGAUAACAAAAACACGCUGUAAAGAAGGUGCAAUGGUCGGAGACAAUCUAAAAUUAAUGUUAGGGACGUUAUGUCUCCUAGCAGAUACCUCCCUGUUUACUACUUUGCCUGCAGUUAUGGGGAUCGAAGAACUAAGAAAUAAAGAAGAAAAUCAUGAUUUGGUGAGAGUACAAAAGUGUUGUGAACGAUACGAACUGAUGGUUGAUUCACACUGCGUUCAUGGUAAUGAGACUGAUGCAGGAGUGUGGUCACCGUUAUUUACGGGUGAAGAUGGACAAAGUAACGUGCAACUCCCGGGCUUUAGAUUGAUUAUUGGAAUACCACAGUGUACACGACAGCUAUGGUCCAUCUACCAUUAUUCAGACUCACUUGAUCGCCUAGUAUUACUUCCAAGUGGAAUACUUCGACACUAUGUCACCCAUCCUGAGGGCGUUGAAAUAACUCGGGACAAUGAUUUGCUUCAAGAACAUCAUAAUGAGGAUGGCGAUAUUCAGUGGUAUUACGAUUACAAACAAGGAACUUACUGUCUUGAUAAGGUGGUAUUGACACAUGGACAGCUGGAAGCACAAACUGCAAUUGUGUGUGUUCCUGAAAUUGACUCAAGCAAAUCGGACUUCACAGAAUACCUAAUGCGUCGCAUUGUGAAUCCUGUGUGCCAUGGUUUGGCCAUCAUCUGUUAUGUCAUAAUAGCUGUUGUCUACUUUGUUAUGCCUCAACUGAGAGAUCUAGUUGGCAACAUUCUUACAUCAAUUUCUCUGUGCCUCAUAACAAGCCAAGCUGCCAACCUUGUCAGCAUCUUCACUGAAUUCACUAGCCAUGUUAGUUUUCUGGUUGCAGACAUUAUGAUGUAUGUGAGCCUAAUGGCAGCUUUCUUUUGGCUCAAUAGCUUGGGCUAUUACAUCUGGAAAACAUUCAGGUCAAGGAAUGUGUUUUUACGGGUAACUGACGGUCGAAAAUACUGCUACUAUUCUUCUUAUGCAUGGGGUUCAACAUUUAUGAUGACCAGCAUUGCCCUUUUUGCACAUUUCAUACUGGAUACAAACAAUCCAACAGGCUCGAUACCUUCAACACAGAAGACCAUAGGAUGGCUUGGUAAGGCAGUUUUCGUCAUGCCUGUUGCCUUCACAGUUUUGGUGGACAUAUUCUUUUACCUGACAACAGGACAUGCUAUCAGUCAGAUGUCUACGUAUGGCAGAAUCCAUCAUAAAAUGAAGUACAGCUUUGAACUCUUUGUGAAGAUGUUCCUGGUGAUGGCAGUUGCUUGGUUGUUCCUGUUGCUGUCCUGGCUGCAUUAUCCAGCAGUAAUCUAUUGUCAUACAGUAAUGAAUGCUUUGUCAGCAUUAAUGUUUCUCUACAUCUGUGUUCUGGGCCAGCGACGAGUCACAUUCCUCUUACGCCAGGCUUGUUGCUGCUGCUGUCAACCAUCAGAACCAGUUGACACAGUAGAAUGGGGUGAGGAAAUGUCCUCAAUGCAUACAGCUAUCUACUGAGUUGAUUUGAGCGCACUGCAGAUACUGUUAUGUAGCUGUUUGCUAGAAGCAGCAUUAUGGAUGCUGUUUGUUCAGUACCAACAUGAAAUUUUAUAUUAUUCCAGUAUUCUGUCCAUUAGUGAGAACAUUUUUUUACUCUUAAUGAAUGGAUUUCAACAUCCAUUUCUUAUUUUAUAAUUGAUAAUCAUGCACAGUUGAUUUAUAAGCACUGGUAUUUUUGUCUAAAGAGGAAUCUUCUGUUUCCAGACAGGUUAUACCGUACUGCUACAACACUUUCCUUGUGACAUGAAUCGCUUUCAAACUCGUAUUUCUUCCUUGUAUAUCCGUUGCAUUUGGCAUUUUGAAAGUCUAUCAAUCUUAUGAUACUUGGCACUAAUCUUUCACAGCACCUCGCACAUAGUGAAGUUAUAGCAUACCAUGAAAAGUGCUAAACAAAAUAUCAUACCUUGAGAAUGUUGGGAGCACGUUUCUCUGAAACUCUAACCGUCUACAAAUCUGUACAGUGCCACAACCCAGAAGACCAAAUCCUGAACUGUCACCAGCAUGAAAACCUUUAAUCUCAUACAAAAUUACAGACACCUCAAUCCACAAACUGUUUAAAGGAAACUUACGCAGAUGGCAUAAGUUGAACAUCGUACAAUGUCGCUUACUGAAAAUAUUGAUAUAUUUUUGAUAGACCUUUGCAUACAGAAAUAACUAAUUUUAUACUUAGAGUACCUCAAAAAUUAAUUGACAGCCAAUAGUUAAAUAUGAAGAGUAAAAGUCUGUUCAUCAUGUUAUAUAAACAUGGUUUUAAUUGAAGUAGUUACACCAUCAACCCUUUAAACUACCUAUGGGUGCAGCUGUAUCUGUGUUAGCUUUGGGGAGCAUUUAAAGAGGCAGCUUACACCCCAAUGGACGGAUUUAAUUUUUAUACUUCUUGCCUUCUGUGCCUUCAUAUGUUAAACUCAAUAUACUCCGAUAAUCUACUGACAUACCACAUCGCAUUAUGAAAGUCAGAGACCCAAAAUACCCUCUUACUCAGUCACCAUUAAUUCAUUAUCUUCACAAGUCACAGCCUUCUUUAUAAUCAACAUUUAUACACUGAUCUAUACACUGAAUCCAAAGGAAUAUCUUGUAUUAAUCGGAGAGAGAUAAUUUAUUCACAAUAUUAUGAAUCUGUGGCAGUACUUAUGACCCUCAUUUAAAAAAAAUGGGUUGCACUAUUCUCUUCUUGUACUUAAUAUAAGCUUAACUGCACGUAAGAAAAAUUCUUCAAUAAAAGAACAUAGCAGCACAUAAAAUGACAGCUUUUUAUAUAUGUAAGCAUUUGUGUUGUUUCCAGAUUUAUUUGAAGAUUGUACAUAAAAAUAUAUAAUAAUGUUUGGCCACUGGUAUAAAAAUAAUGUUUUAAAUGAUACAGGCAUGACAUAUUUGGUUUGGUUUCUGAAUACUUAAACUAUGCAGGAUUUGAGGUUUUCAUGGCAGCGAGUUUGAAUGUCGGUAAACUUCUACCAGACUACACGGCACAACAACCCAGAAGACAGCCAUCUUAAUACUUAAACUGUUUGUAUUCAUUUGGAUUCUGAUACAGUGUAUUGUUUCUGAAUUCCAUAAAAUAACUACUGGAUGACUGAGGUUUGAUCUCCAGCAAGGGCAGAGGAUUUUUCUUCUGGUCUGUGUCUGAACUGGCUCUGGGGCCUACCCAGCCUCCUAUCCAGAGGAUACUGGAGUUCCUUUCUCUGGGGGUAAAAUACUGUUCUGGCAUAAAGCUGA